AUGUCUGACAGCAAGGUGUUCUUGGGGUGCAUCCCUAACCAUGUGGACGAGGCGACGUUGAAAGGGGAGUGCGAGAAGCAGGGCACCGUGAAGGAGUUCUUCUACAUGCAGGACCAGGUGGGCACGGACCGCGGCUGGGCCUUCGUGACAUACGAGGACGAGACCGAGGCCGCAGUGGCAGUUGCGAUGUUCAACGGGCAGCAGCUCUUCCCGGGCAGUGCCCGGCCGCUCCAUUGCAAGUUCAACAACGAGAAAUUGACAAAGAUUGAAGGCACGGUCUUCGAGGCGCCCACUAAGGCCGUCACGCCCUGGCAGGAGUUCACGACGCCAGAGGGGAAGCCCUACUAUUUCAACAGCGUCACCAAGGAGACGCGGUGGGAAAAGCCCGCCGAGCUGGGCGGCGCUGCAGCUGCCAAGCCCGCCGGGGCUGGCGGCAAGGAGACGGACGUCGCUUCAGCCACUCUGGCGUUGACGGCAUCUGCCAACAGCGGAGUCGGGCCCAUGGGCGCCAACAUUUUUGUGUUCCACAUCCCCAUCAAUUGGACCGACGAUGACUUCAACGCCCACUUUACGCCGUUCGGCCAGAUCAUAUCCGCAAAGAUCCACCAGGACCCGAUCACGAAGGGCUCCAAAGGCUUCGGUUUCGUGUCCUACGCCUCGCCCUCCGCGGCCACAAUGGCCAUCAAGGGCAUGAACGGCUUCGACACGAAGCAGGGCAAGUUCUUGAAGGUGACCAUCAAGAAGGGGGAGGAGCAGUACAAUCCCGACGCAGUCACCGCUCAGAACGUCCAGGUGCAGACGGGCUCGGCCAGCACCGCACCCGCCAUCGUGGGCGUCCAGCCCACCGUGGCCAUGGGCGUGUCCUCCCAGGCGCUUGCCGACGCGGCGGCUGCGGGCAAGAUGCUGAAGCCCGGGACGGCUCCGCAGCUGGCCUUGGGGCAGUGA